AGAGAGCGGCGCGCGAUGCGAAAUGAAAGCGACGCUGAGGCCGGCCAGAGGAUGCUGCUGAGGCGCCCGGCUGGGAUGGAGCGCCAGCCGGCGCCCGAGUGGGACCUCAGCCCCGUGCGCGAAGACCGAGACCCGGCCCCGCCACCGCCACCCCCGUCGGCCACCCCCAGCGCCCUCUACCGCACCGCUUUCGCCCAAGAGUGCGAGGCCAUCGUGCUCCGGCUGGGCACGGCCGCCCAGGACCUCGAGGCCGAGAGGCUGUCGCCGCUGGAGUCCGCCUGCGCCUUCCCGGGCGUCUCCUUCACGCCCGCGCCGCCCCCGCCGCAACCAGCCCGCUCGCGGGGAGCCGAAGGAGCCGCGCCGCCGCGGCUCUCCAGCGCCUGCGUCAACCUGACCUACGAAGCUGACGACGACGACCCCACCACCAGUCCGCUCCGCGAUGAGGCGCGGCCGCCGCUCUCGCCUUCCUCUGAGGCCGCUGUCGCUGCUUCUUCUGCCGCCGCCCACAGGACCUACGAGCGGGAGCUGCCUGGCGAGGCCUCGGCGCUCUUGGUCGUCACUUCCACGCCGCUGGCGGUGGGGCCCGGGCCACCCGGGGAGGAGCCGCAGGACGCGGCGGCCAGGGGUCCCGCAGGCCCCGAGUCGGGCAGUGUGGGCCGGCCCAAGCUCAGCUGCAGCUUCAAGGCCCGCCUCGGAGCCCCUCUGCAGAGGGGCCCCCGCGCGACCCCCAAGAGCCACGGACUGGGCGGCCCCGCUCGAGGGGCGGCAGGAGCCCUUCGCGGAGGGAAAGGCGCCCCAGGGAAGGCCCCGCAGAGGUUCGCCAAGGGGGGGACCUUGGCCUGCCCGAGACCCAGCUUGGGGGCAACAGCAGGAGGAGGAGGAAGUGCCGCGCAAGGCCAGCCUCCCGCCCAGAAACAGCUUCCUGGUGGAAUGAAGAGUCUUUCAAAAUUACCUUACAGCAAGAGUACCCCUGUGUCCACCCGAUCCCCUUCCAGACUCACCAGCAGACCUGGGAUUGUGGGAUCCCUGAGUUAUCUGGGUCUGGAGCGACGUGGUGUCUGUAGAGGGAAUAAGGCUGCAGGGACAAGACUCCCGGUUCGUGGAGGUCCAGUUGCAAAGCCCCCAUAUGGUGUUCUGCUAGAUGCUGGACAAGCCCUCCGUAGUUCUCUGCAGAGAGAGCCCACUGCACGUUGCUCACAGUGUCAGCAGCUGACUAAAGAAAAUGAGCAGCUGACUAAAGAGAAUGAAAGGCUGAAGUGUGUGUUGGAGAACUAUCAAAGAAUUAUCACCACACUGAAAGGAAAGACAGAUGAAGAUGAUUUGGAGAGUUCUGUGUGAAUGAAGACUACCCCGAGCCCUCCUUUAUAUAUUUGUCAACUAUUGCUGCAUCCACUUUCUCUGAAAAGCACUUUAGGUUUGCAGAUGUUGUCGAGGCAAGGUAGAACUUGGCUUUAGCCUGUUUCUUACAAGUUGCUGCUUAGGUUUGCCUGCGUGCACCUCAUCUAGUUAUUGCAAACUUUGGCAUACCUGGCCAGAGCAGUGUGCUUCCUUGCAGCUUAUUAAAGCACCUUCUCUUCCUCUCCUCCCUCCACCACCGCCUCUACUCUUACUGGUUUUCUGUGGAAGUGCUAAGACAGUGGCUGCUGCUUGUUCAUCUGCCUGUCUGCUUCCUGCUGUCUGUCAUAGGCUGGGCUCUGGAAAAUAGCCAGCUUGUGGAGCCUAAAUCGAGUUAAAACCAUGCCAGAGCUGUUUCUCAGAAACUGGCAGCAUUAUGUAAGCAUCUCCUUCUGGGGCACACUGCUGUACCCAGGCCCCAAAGCUGGUUUUCCAGGCAAGGCUUGUCAAGACGGCUGCUUGGCUGUUAUGUUGAUCUCUGCUUCUUCCAUUCAUGCAGCAGUGCAAGGGUCACUGUUGGCACAUUCUUGUAAGCUGUUGAGCAUCCUGGUGUGGAGUAGGUUGUUGGGACUGGCACUACAUUCCACCCUGUUAAUGUUGUAUUUAGGCUUUUCUCUCUGCUGUGCAACAGUGGUACUUGUGUGGUAUAUACCAAUGAACAAAGGAUCAGCCCCUUUUGUGGCAACAUCCCAUCCUCUGCUCAAAAUGCAUGUUUCUGUUAUGUUUCUGGCACACACCUCAUUUCCAGAGUCUUUCCUAUUGUAUGCACUAAAACUGUCUGACGAAAACAUUCUGGCUGUCCUAAUCUGCAGAAAGGCUAGCCUUGCUUGUUGAUCCUAACCAGCUCUCCAGUUUCCAGUGGAGUCAUUGAUUGUCCUCUUCUGGCUAGCCAGCGCCUUCUCUUCCUGUCAGACUGCCCUACCACUUACCCUCUCCAUGUUUGGUGGAGGCUUUUUAAUGUAGGCUGCUGCUGCUAACCCUGAACUUGGUUAAGAGAGCAAAAUAACUGGUCAUGCAAGCCAAAACAUAGGAAAGUGCUGCAGUUCUAACUUUGGUCUAACUUAACGUGCUAAAAAUGUUUGCAUGUUCAGUGUUCUGUGUGGCUAGAACACCUCCAAAUGUGAAGAAAAGCAUGAACUGUUCUGUUUGAAGAAAUUGCAAACCUCCAGCUAAAACCAUCUAUUUGUUCUCUAUAGAUUGCCUAGCUGCUGUAUACUGUUAAUAAAUCAAUGUGUUUAUUAUUUAUUUGA